UAUAAUUUUCAUAAAAAUAAUAUAAUUUUAAGUAACGUAUUAAGUGAAGUAACGUAAAACAUAUAAGCAAAACUAUGGAUAAAACAAAACUUAUCGCAACGGUUUUGGAUAAAAUCAUUAAAACGCCUAAUUUUGGCCAGUGUUUACAAAAAGUAAAGUUUUAUCACGUUGCCUCAUAUUUCUUUUAAGUAUAUUUCACUUUAAAUCGUGAGCACUUAAAUUUAGGUGGCACUAUGCAUGGUGGAUUUACAUCUACUCUUAUUGAUUGUGUCUCUACAUAUGCUGUAAUGACUCAUGGAAAUAAUGCAGCAGGAGUUUCAGUAGAUUUAAACGUUACGUUUAUGAAACCUGCCCUUCCUGGUGAUGUGGUGACAAUUGAUGCUAAAACUGUACGUGCUGGAAAAACACUAGCUUUCCUUGCAGUAGAUGUUACAAAAAAUGAGGGGAAAGAUAUAAUUGCUCAUGGGCGACACACAAAAUUUAUUGGACUAUCAAAGUAGUGCAUAUAUUGUUAUAUAUUGCUAAAACUUAAUGUAUAGAAUAUUUUAGACAGUACAGUAUGUAAUAUGUUA